CCCCGCCAUCAGUUGUCUAGUCAUUAUGGCGGAAUGUAAAAAGUCUACCUCAUGUCCGUCUCCAGCUUCAGAGAUGACCUCUCUCGCUAGAGUUUUGUCCCAUUCAAGGUUGAGUCAACCUGAUGAGUCUGUGAUCAAGUCGCAUACUUCUGUUUACCGGAGCAAUGUGGUACAGCCAGGCCGACGGAGGAGGUUGUCGAGCAGCAACAGUGUUGAGUCUCUGGAUGUGAGCCCCUGUGCUGAAGCGCGAGUCUUGGUCAUCAACACUGGAGGAACUAUCGGGAUGAUGUACCAUAAUAACGUGCUGUGCCCAGAGCCUAAUGUGUUUGUGAAGGCCCUGCGAAAGCUUCCCAACCUCCAUGAUGAGCAGUAUGCCCUGGACGUCCGCAGGGGUGGCCCACAGGAGAACACCCUUGUCCUGCCGCUGUGUAAACAAAAUAAGAGGAUAGUGUACACUGUUUUAGAGUACAACCCCUUGCUGGACUCUUGCAAUAUGACCACAGAUGACUGGGCUACAAUUGGGAAGGACAUUGAGAAACACUAUGAGAAGUAUGACGGUUUUGUCAUUCUCCACGGCACGGACACCAUGGCCUACACAGCAUCCGCUCUGUCCUUCAUGUGUGAGCAUCUGGGGAAGCCUGUCAUCCUCACCGGCUCCCAGGUGCCGAUCUAUGAGAUGAGGAACGAUGGAAGAGACAACCUGUUGGGGGCGCUGCUGAUCGCUGGUCAGUUUGUCAUUCCUGAGGUUUGUUUGUAUUUCCACCACAAGCUGUACCGGGGGAACCGUGUAACCAAGGUGGAUUCUGGGAGUUUCAAUGCCUUCAAUUCUCCUAACUUGGCUCCUCUGGCCAUUGCUGAAGUGGAUAUUAAAAUUAACUGGGACACGGUGUGGCGAGUGAACACAACUUCGCAGUUCAGAGUGAGCACUCAGAUGAACCGUAACGUGGGUCUGCUGAGACUCUUCCCAGGCAUCACUGCGAUGACCGUGAAGUCCUUCCUGCAGACGCCCAUGGAGGGCAUUGUCCUGGAGACGUAUGGUAGUGGAAACGCCCCCGAUAACUGUGCUGACCUGCUUGAGGAGUUCCGAAAUGCCACAGAGAGGGGCGUGAUCAUGGUCAACUGCACCCAGUGUCUGAGGGGUUCUGUCACCACAUCGUACGCCACUGGAAAGGCCUUGAGUGAUGCAGGACUGGUGGCAGGCUGUGACAUGACUCCUGAGGCUGCCCUGUGCAAGCUGUCCUACGUGCUGGCCAGGACGGACCUCAGCAUAGAGGCCAAAAGAAAGAUGCUGAGUCAGAACCUGCGGGGAGAGAUGAUUGCUGACCUGCAGGGGGCCAAGCUCACUCUGAGUGACAGUCGCUUCAUCCAGGUCAUCGCCAAGUCCCUGAGCAUCAGCUGUAAGGAGGAGCUAGAAGCCGUCCGGGAUGCUCUGACACCCACCUUAGCUUGUGCUGCUUCUAAGAUAGGAGACUUGGAGGCCUUGGAUGCCAUAAAGGAGAUGGGCAGUAACCUAAGUCUGGGGGACUAUGAUGGACGUACCCCUCUGCACAUCGCCUCCUGUGAGGGCCACCUCAAUGUGGUGCAGUAUCUACUGAGCCAGGGCGCCACUGUCUACGCCAAAGAUCGCUAUGGGGACACACCCCUGCGCAAUGCUGUGCGCUUCAGACACAAAGAGGUGGUGAAGCUGCUGAGAAAGACUGGAGCUCAUUUCUCCAGGGAUGAGUUGGAGGAUGCCGGCUCAGAGCUGUGCAGUCUGGCAGCCAGUGCUGACAUCAAGGGCCUGGAGAUGUGGCACCUGGCCGGGGGAGACCUGGACACGCCAGGCUACGACGGGCAGACGCCGAUGGAGGUGGCUAAGGCUGUGGGGAAUGAAGUUGUGAUUGACUUCAUACACCAGGUCAGCCAGUCCCACACCCAGCCUCUGUUUAAAGAUGAUGCUGAGAAUGAAGAAUACAUUGAGUUCUCAGCCUGUCCAAAAUAAUCCUGAGGACGAAGAUAGAUCCUCAACUCUUUUACAUCUCCAUCCAUCCCCAUCACUCUCCCUCUCUCUUUCCAUUUCACUCUCUUACACUGGACAUUUGCACAAGCUUGCAGAUUUUAUUUAUAUUCAUCCACACCAUUUUACAAUUGAUAUGUUUGCGAUAAUCUAAUUUACUGUUGCUUAACUGUAGUUGUAAAAGCACUAGUAGCACAACAUUGGAUAUCAAGUAAUAUGGAUGCACUGUGCCUAGAACGGGCAGCACUAUAUCUGUUUGCUUUGUAUGUACCACAGUAUAUGAUGCAUGUGGAGCAAUUCACUCAGUUUGCAUUAAGAGUAUUAUCAGUGAUCAUUGGAAGCACAUGGUAGAAUGCUGUACUUUAUGCUAGGCACUUGAUGGGUAGAAUGCUGUGCCUUUAGAUGUACUUUAUAAAAUGCUUAGUAUAGAGUGCAAUUUAUUCUAAACUGAAAUCCUUGUGAAAUCCUUCUAAACUGAAAUCAUGGUCUGAUGACACAAAAAUAGAACCGUUUGCCCAUAAUGACCAUCGUUAUGUUUGGAGGGAAAAGGGAGAUGCUUGCAAGCCGAAGAACACCAUACCAACCGUGAAGCACGCGGGUGGCAGCAUCAGGUUGUGGGGGUGCUUUGCUGCAGGAGGGACUGGUGUGCUUCACAAAAUAAAUGGCAUCAUGAGGAUGGAAAAUUAUGUGGAUAUAUUGAAGCAUCAUCUCAAGACAUCAGUCAGGAAGUUAAAGCUUGGUCGCAAAUGAGUCUUCCAAAUGGACAAUGACCCCAAGCAUACUUCCAAAGUUGUGGAAAAAUGGAUUAAGGACAACAAAGUCAAGGUAUUGGAGUGGCUAUCCUAACUGACCUAAAACAGGGAAUUUUUACAUGAUUAAAUGUCAGGAAUUGUGAAAAACUGAGUUUAAAUGUAUUUGGCUAAGGUGUAUGUAAACUUCCGACUUCAACUGUAUAUAUAUGUAUAUAUAUAUAUAUUAUUAUUUUUGGGGGGGGGGGGGCUUGCCUGUUCUCCAUGUUAUUUUGGCAUUAAUGUGUCACAUAUCAAUUUGCAUUUGGUACCUUGGGUCGAGUGUUAGCACCAAGACACGAAAACCCCUUUUCUCGAACGUGUAUAUUGGGGCCAUGCCUUUGCAGAUGUUAGUUGUCAUGGCAGCUCUUAUCUCCUUCCAUCUUCGUGAUUCUUUACCAUAUAGUGUGCCGCCGGCAAAAGCCUCUUGCAACAUCUGAGUCAAGGGUUUGUUUUGAGCACUCGACUGUACUUUUUUGUGUCUCCAUAGACUCUCUGUACUGUUUCACAUGAUUCUUGCGUAGGUGGUAAAAGUUUAGUGGUGUUUGGACCUGUUGGAGGGACCGGCCUGCUGCAUAUUUAGCAGAGGAUGGUUUUCUGGUCCAUGUCAGACUUUUCAUACCCAAACCAAGUCCAUGCGACCAAAGUAGCCCCUCUUUUAAUUACGAGCUCUGUGUCUCCGUGCUCUGUGUCACGUUCACUCUCCUCCGUGUUUGUUUGUGUUGCAAAUUUUCUUCUACACAAACGCAAAGAUUCGUCCAAUUGACAUAAAAUAUUGCCAUCAAGAGUGUAAUAGAGCAUAAUGAAACAAUAGAAACAUUUCUAUCGUCACAUGAUAUAUAUCGUCAUAUCGCCCAGCACUACAAGUGAUAGGCUAAUAUUGUCACCCAUCAGACUAUUCUUGAUUUAAUCAGGUCUUUACAUAUACGAAAUAAUAUAUGUGUGACAUCUGUUUUGAUUUAGAAUAGACCAUUAUCAUACACUUGUAUCGAAACAGGGGCAGUUGAAAAAAUACUUUGUCUUAUCAUUGGCUAUACUCUUGUUGUAAAUAUAAGCAAUGUGCUUAAUAUUAGGAAACCUGAGAAAAAUAUAGUAGGCCUAGCCUAUAGAAAGCUGAUGGGAUCCUCGUCUUUUUAUUUAGCAGCCAUCACUCUGUUUUCUUGUGCAAUUGCAUAGCCUAUAGAAAUGUUGCGCAACAUGAGCUCAUGGGCUCUCAUUAAGUGUUUGAUUCGAUUUUCAAAUAUAUUUGGAUUGAUGUCAGAGUGAUUAGAGGGACAAUCAAGUGCUGAGUACCAGGGAGAUAGCAUGUUUUGUAGGCUAUUAAUGACCAGCAGCAGCUUUAGAAGUAUGGAGAACCCUAAUUAACAUCAUUAAAUGGUAUGGUUGAAAAAUUACAAGAUCAUGUUAUAGUAUUGUUUAUGCAUCAACUCGCUUUGAUGAGUACCCUCUCAUCUGUGUCUGUGGGACUAAUUUGGGGCUCUGGGGCUUGAACUGACAAUUUAUUUAUGGCUUGGUGAUAACCUACAGCCUGCAUUCCAUAGACAAGAUGUGACUCAAGAUGGAGAUAGCCUGGAGGAGUAGAACAAAACCCCUCAUUGUUUUCUAAUCUUCCUUGCAUCUGGGAAACUAAACUGUGUUGGGGGUAAAACAAGAUGAACCCAAGGUGGCUUAUGAUGCCCCGAUCUGCAUGGGAGGGGUGGAAUCAGCCAUGACUAAGCAUUUUUAGGCCUACUAUAUAAGACCUCUGUUUUUUCAUUAUUGUAAAGGCUCUCGGUCCAACACUCGAGUGUGGGGUCGACAGCGUCAUUAUUGCAAUAAUUAAUCAAUAUUAAAUAAAGAUGAUUGUUUUGAAGAAAUGACUCUCUCUCUCUCCAUGACAAC